UGCAAUUGCAACAAGACAGCAUUAAGUGCAUAGCUGCCAACGGCGAUCUGCUGCAGUAUAGUUUCUCAUUCUUUUAUCUGACCGUGGAUUAGUGCAUCGCGCGCUGCUUGAAUUCGGGAAUUAAUCUUACGUGUUUGAUUUUUCAGUAAAGAACUCCAAUCAACAUGGGACACCAUCCGGAACCAAAAGUGUACAUCUCCGACAGGCUGCCGAGUUCGCUGCGCAACAAGAUGCAAACCUUCCAGGCCAAGAAUGAAUUGCCAGUCUUCCUGAAGGGUGGUCCAGCGGACAAGGUGCUGUUUAUGACAACCGUAGCUUUGUGCGGAGUUGGCCUCUUGGGAAUCGUCCGGUUCGUCUAUUCGAUGGGCUUUGCCAAGAAGAAGGCAGACUAAAUUAUCAGUGUGAUAUCGCAGAUAUGCAAUAAACAACCAGUAUCUUCCGCUAUAUGAAUAUAUUAAAAAUCAAAUGAUGUUUUAUUCCCAAAUCACAAUUUUCCAAUAAUUAU